AUGCGCCCCAGGGAGAAAGACAAAAUGUGGGCGUGGCUUUCUGAGGGUUCAACUGACGUCGUCUCUCUUCCCUUUUCUCUUCUUCUACUGUCCAUUCCCAAUGGACGUCGGUGAGAUAUGACUUUCUUUUCUUUUUAUGCGGAAAUUGCACCUAUUAGGGGCGAUUUAUGGAGUGUACCUUUUGGGGAAGGUUAUUUCAUGAAAAAAGGCUUCGAAACGAAUUUUAUCUUCUUGUACUCAACGAAUUUUAGAGAACGAGAGUAUCCCGAAAAAAAAAUCCCUGAUAUCAAUAGUGUGGAUAAAAACUUACUCACAGAGGAAAUUAUCGGGAAGAACGGAAAUGAGAAGGGAAAGCUACAUGGGCAUUCAAAAAUACAUCUCGUUUCAUUCCUUUCAAAAUUUCAGCCCAUGUGUCUCCCUCUUCUUCUGUUUCCAAUAUGGAUACGGUAAAUUUAUUGAUUUAUUCAACUCAAAAUUUUAAAUUGAGAUGAAGAAGGAAGGUCAUUUUACUUUUCAGUUAGGAAUUUUCUGAAAUUUGAGCAGCACUCUUUUAUGAACCAAGAAGAUUCUGAAAGUCCCAAACUGCUCCACUUCCUAUUUUUUGAAAUGGGUAGGCUCAAAGGCCCAAAAAGGCCUAGACGAAUUUUGAGGGUUUUAUUGUCUUUGAGGCGUCCGUUUUCAAACACUAAAAAGUCUUGCAGGUUGAGAGUUUCCGAAACUUCGUCUGGUAUAUGAAAGAGCGUUCUGGGCAAUUUUUGGAAUUUCCCAACCACAAAGAAAUUCAUCUUCCUUGUUAGAUCUUUCGCGGUUCUCCAAUAUAUAACUGAAAAUGGUAUUUCAAGGUUCACUGACGCUUUAACUUUCGCCGAAUCGCCCAAACUCUUCUGCGACGACAAAUAUGGAAGCUUUGUAGCCGGAAAGGGGUACGAUAAAAUAGAAAGAAUAGAAAAACUGGAAAAUCGGGAAAAAGAGCCCACAUCAAAACAGUGGCUUCAAAUUCUAUAAAAACUUGUAAAUUUUGUUUUUUGUAGUCACCUCGAGUUUUAAUGUUCUAGCUGUAGUAGUGUAGUAUUAAAAAAUCAGCGUUUGCUCUCAAAAAAAGUUUUUUCUAAACUUUUUAUUCUUUCGGAAAAUCUCUAAUUGUUCUGAUUUUUCAUAAAUCUUUAGAAUUUCCAAUUCUUUCUCUAAAGUUUUCUCCAUUUUCCUACAUCAGAAAGCCAUGGUCGCACUUGGAAUGGCUCGAAUGCUUCUUCAGGAAUUUUUAAGGCAAGCUUUCAAACGCAUCGCGGCCACGGAGCUUGACCAGGGCGUCUCAAAAUUUUUCGGGCGUCCCAAAAAACAACGAAUUUUUUUCCCACCUCAUCAAGAAGUUAAAAAGAAAACCUUUCAGUGAAGUCCAAUUGGAAAACGUCGAAUUUCCGAACACGCGGAACGGGAAACCUGUCGAGGAAGUUUUCAAUCUUCGCCAUCCUUGCUUCAGCCUGAACAGCGGAAAUAACUAUAAGAACCAGUUGGCUGGUAAAUAAUAUUCAUGGAAAUUAAAGUGAGCUGGGCAAAUCUUCAAGAUAUCUUCUCGCACGGGAAAUUCGGGCCACAAGUUUGCCGUCGCCGAUGUGCUCAUUUCGUGACAGCUUGUGGGCUUUCUAUUGAUAUUAUAAUUAUUUUUCGUAUUUUCCAUAUUCUUUAUUUUAAAGCUCGACCAGCUUGCGGCGAUCGAAGACCUUCCCCUGACUGGUACAUUGACAAGAAUCGCCUACAGACCAUCGGCCGUAAAUGGAACUGCUCCGAUUGGAAGAUUCCCUUGACCAAAAAGGGUCAAACCGAUGUGAGGAUUUUUAAUAGAUAAGGCUUGAUUUUUGUGAAACUGCGGGGUCCUGUUAUUUCGAAAGCUCAGAAAAAUCAGAGAAUUAAUAAAUAAAAAUUUUAAAGCCAGAAGGUCAAAAAAGCGAGCAAUAUUUUAAAGCACUCUUCGAGAAUCGAAUGCUAAAACGCAAAAAAAAAUUGUUUUUUUCGUUCCACUAUGAUUCCAAGGGUCUACUUAAAAUUGCACAGAAGUCUUUCAGAAUAAAUUCAAAGUUCUGACGAGGAAAAUUUCCUUGCUUUUCCUAACCUUUCGAAGUUUCCGAAAUACUUUUCAGAACAUCCACUAUCAGUAUUCAAGUUUGACAAGUUUGACAAAUUUAUUCAGUGUUUAAAAAAAAUUAUCUGCUGAAUCAUGGGAUAAAUGAAGUUUUCAAUAAUUUCAAAUGAUUAAAAUUAAAAACAGCCAUUCCAGGGAAUCUACCUUAUCCGCAACUACAAUUCGCUCUCUUUGACAACCCAAGAAGAUUUGCCGCCACCUUUCGCCCUUGACAACUCUUCUCUAGCCUACCUGGAUCAAUUCUCCAUCCACGGCCUCAAUUUGAUACCGUUGAUCAAAAGUCAAGAACAAGUCGCUGGAGUUGAGGAGCAGCUCAAAGUCUUCAUUGAACGACAUCCUGAAAUUACCGACGUUAGAGAAGCUUUCGAGAACUCUUGAGGUUUAGAUUAAAAUUACAGAUCUAUUAUGGUAACACGGUAACGGAAAUCGGAUACUUCACCAAGAUAAAAAUCCCCAUUUUGAAGUCGUCAACUUUAUUUGAUACGCUAAAGCUUGUGCCAAACUUGCAAAGUUUGAUGUUGACCAGGGUGAAGGUUGACGACUGGGAAAUUCCGGUAAGAAAUGAAUUCGUAUUUCCAAAUUCUUUGCUGAUGCGCUCGAAGGAACAGAAAAAGCCUCAAGAAGAGUUUCUAGUAUUAAGAAAAUUUUUCUUCUUGUACUAACUGGUGAAAAAAAUUAUAAUGUUAACUAUCAUUUUUAGGUGCUCCAAUUUUGAUGAAAAAAAAAUGAAAAUAUGUAAAAAGAAGAUGAUAAAGACAAAGGGGAGGCGUGUCUUCACACAGUUUAUGGGCAAAUAUUGUUCCAUUAACCAAAGGUAGAGCAAAAUUAAGCUGUGACAAAGCAAAUCCGCUUUCUAGGUGAUCAAUAUGAUUUACAAUUUCACAUUAACUUUAAAAGGAACUGAACAAACCUAUUAUAUUUGCAUUUUUUCGCUCGGAGACCUUGUCCAUGCGCAUUCAAACACAUCAGCAAAGAGGGCCACAGUUUUCAGAACCAAAAAAAAAAAUUGUUUUGCUAGCCCACGUCAAAGCUGAGCAAUCUGAAAGCCGUUUCGUUCAACGAUGUUGAGAUGAACAACUUACCGACUUGGCUAACUAUAGCGGAUAUUCAGGUAACUUUUUCUUCGAUAACCACAAAAAAAGACGCAGAAAAAAACUAGUAGUUCUCUAAGUUUCGUCCUCAAAAUGUGAACUGAAAUUUUUUUUUUCAGUUCUUCGAACUCAUCGGAACCGUCACCGACUCUUCUAAUCUCACCGUUUUAAGUCACCUUCCCAACUUGGAGCAUUUCAUCUUGAAAAAGUCUUUUUUUCUCUCAACCAAAAGAUUCUAGAAGUUCAAAUUAAGCUCGAAACUGACCACUUGGAAAUCCGCCUAUCUUUCUGGAAGCCCUGGCUUGGUCUCGCUCACGAUACAAUGCAAUUUGAUCACUUCUAUCGAAGUGGUAGGUCAAAAGUACGAGAUUCCAGUUGACGAAUCGUUUCAGGGCGCGUUUGACCACCUAACCAAUCUGAAAUACUUGUCAUUGGCUGGAAAUCGACUGACUAACUUGCCGGAGAACAUUUUGGCAAAGUUGGAGAAUCUCAUCGUUUUGGAUUUAAAGGCGUGGGUGCUUCUUCAAAGUUGAGGCGUAUUUUUGCAACGAAAAUUUUUACUUUUUGAUUGCCAAUCAUUGGGAUCUGCUCUGAAACGGCUUAAUUCUGACUUUAAUGAUAGGAAUUAAAAUUUUUAGGUUCGAUUUUCUCGAGAAACCAUCCGAUUACGACAGCCCCUGGAUCAAAGGUUUCGAUGAGAAACAAGUUGUUUGUCCAGCCGGCUUGAAAACAACCGAAACCGUGAAUUUCUCUUAUGAAAAAUAACGGAAAGUGCCUUUUUAGAUUCUCAGCAAAAUGCCAAAAAUACCAAACCCAGGAAAAAUCGUAGCUUUGGAAUUUCGUGGCCAGAAAAACUUUGCAGCAAAUGGGACCAAUUUUUUGAGUGGAUUUAACAGCUUGGAAGUUUUUUUUUCAGAAAAAAUUUCUAGAAAAAGAUACUUUCAAGGUUCUCAACAUUGGAAAGAUGGGUCUCAAAACAUUGGCCAAUCUGAACUUGGAUCAAAUGUGCAGUCUGUACGAUCUGAACGUGAUCAAUAACCCAUUGAACGAAGAAAAUUGGCUACCCGACCAAAUUUUCACCAAUCUUCUCUUGGAUCGCUUCCGUUUGGGUGAUUCUCAAGUGAUAUAAACACAGAUAUGAAUUUUUAUAAUUUCGAAAAUUUAAGCCAAUGUCGAAAAUUCCGACGACAUUGAUCGCUCUGAUGCGUUCUUCAAUGAAUAUCAUGUCAUCGGUUCCGAUCUCUUUGAAAAGCUCUGAAGCUUUCGCCGGUGGCUGUCAAUACGGUAUGAAAAGGGUUUCACAAGAAAAGAGUCUACAGUUGUUCGGAACAUUUUAAAAAAGCCUGUGUAUCAAGUUUUCGAUGUUUUGGACCUUGAUCUAUGGAGAUUCAAGAAGUGAAAAUUCAUUAAAAACUAUCAUUUUCGACUACUAAACUUCCUAAAACGGAAUGAUGUAGUCGCACAUGGGAUGGCUCGACGCGUUGCGGGUAGGAGCCACUUUGAUUUUCAGCUAAUAAUUUUCUCAGCCGUACGACCGCAUCGCAGCCGCGACGCAUCGAUCCAUCCUACUUUCGCCCAUAGACUUAUUCUUUCGUUUAGAAGCAAUGAUGAGAUCGACAUCUUUCCAGUACAAGCUCUCCAAUGAGAACUGCACCAGCCACGUCAGUGAGGUCAUGAAGGAAAUAAAGGUAAUUCUAUCAACUCAAGUUAUUCUCCAAUGCUAGAAACAGUUGUUUCACUCAAGUAUCCAGAAGAAAAAAAAAAUCAAAUGAUGAUUUUUCAGACGCUCGACAUCGCAAGAAGCAGCGCUACAUGUGA